AUGGCCACCCUCGCAGGGGAACACAAUACGGCCCCGAACGGGACCGAGUCCAUCUCCGAGUCUUCCCAAUCCUACGGCAAGCCCGCCUCUAGAAACGGCCCACCAGAGACGAUCAAGGUCGACGGCAACAAAUCUUUGACUCAAACGUCGGAGAAUCUCCUUCUGAAUGACCCAACAGCGAACAAAGCCAACCGGACUUGCGGUUUUGCUGGGUUUGGCGCAUCAGCACCCUCGACGCAAACCGUCCCCUUGUACAACGUCCUCUGGGCCGACCAGACGGGAGAGACCCUCACAAUCGACUACGCGAAACAAGCCGGCAAGCAACGAGUACAGGCAGCGAAAUGGACUUUUACGGUUAACGACACGGAGAGCCCGGAUGUCAAGUCCUGGAUCGAUACCCUCAUGAGAAAGGCAUAUGGCCCGGCGAAACUAUGCAAGAGAGCAAAGGUCUUGGUUAACCCGCAUGCCGGACCGGGAGGCGCGGAAAAGAAGUGGCGCGUAGACGUCGAGCCUCUGUUCAAGGCGGCGCGCAUGCCCAUGGACGUGGAGCACACCACCUACUCAGGCCAAGCUCUUGAAAUAGCGCGGGAAGUCGACGUGGACGCGUUCGACACGAUUGUCACCUGCUCUGGUGAUGGUUUGGCCCACGAGGUAUUCAAUGGUCUGGGUCAGCGGCCCGAUGCGUCGCAAGCGCUACACAAGAUUGCUGUCUCGCACAUUCCCUGCGGCUCGGGCAAUGCGAUGAGCUGCAAUCUCUACGACUCGUAUCGACCGUCGAUCUGCGCUCUUGCCAUCAUCAAGGGAGUUGAGACCCCAAUGGAUCUGGUCAGCAUCACACAGGGCGACCGACGCACCCUCAGUUUCUUGAGUCAGGCCCUUGGCGUAGUGGCCGAGAGCGACCUGGCUACCGAGCACUUGCGGUGGAUGGGCGGCGCGCGCUUCACCUGGGGCUUCUUGGUUAGAAUAUUCGAAAAGAAGUGCUACCCCUGCGACUUGGCUGUCAAGGUCGAGAUCGAGGACAAAGCGGGCGUCAAGAAGCACUACAAGGAGUACAUGCGCAGCGCGUCGGUAACACAUUCGGGCGCUAGCGAGCCUCCGAGAGCGGAGAAUGCUGAUGCUGUUUCGAGUCCUUUCGGUGACCAGGAGGGACUGCCGCCUUUGAGAUUCGGCACCAUCAACGAUGCUCUGCCAGACGGAUGGGAACUGAUACCCCAUGACAAGAUGGGCAACUUUUAUUGCGGAAAUAUGGCAUACAUGGCCGCCGACGCCAACUUCUUCGCCGCUGCUCUCGCCAAUGAUGGUCUGAUGGACCUUGUCUGCAUAGACGGAGACAUGUCAGUCGGCGCCCAACUGAGCAUGCUAAUGUCUGUGGAGAAUGGAAAAUUCUUUGACAACUCUUUGGUAUCGUACCGCAAGAUUUCCGCCUACAGGAUCAUUCCAAAGAACCAGAAAGACGGCUACAUCAGCAUCGACGGUGAAAAGGUGCCCUUUGAGCCCUUCCAGGCCGAGAUUCACCACGGUCUGGGGAGGGUCAUUUCGAAGCGUGGCAAGUACGAAGCCCCCGGUCCCUUGGGCUGGGAGAAGAUGUCCCUACCCUAA